UGCCUCCAUCCCGAGAUGCCGGAAAAGAGACAGAAAGUCGGCCCUGCCAAUGGCUGGGUGUGUUGUCAGUGCCAGACUGUCAAUCUCGAUGCCAUCCAUACCCACUGCCCCUCAUGCCAUCGGAGACGAUGUAUCAAUUGUCGAAAGGUUCACAUCAAACAAAGGAGCCCAUCACGAAAAGAAGAUCGGCGCCCCCCUCGUUAG